UAGAAUCCUUUAGAUAAAUCUGAUAAGAGGAUUAUCAGUCAAGAAAAGUCGUAAACUCGUCAUUUCAGUACAUACACUGUCAAUCAAAAACAAUUUUUGUAUCGUUAUGGUACACAAUCUGUAAUAAGAAAGCAAGGACAAGUGACAAACGCAGCGCCAAACUCGAGAUAAAGUACGGUUUGUGUAGGGAUUUAAAUUUGCUCUUCUGCAGCAUAUUUUAACGCCGUAAAGUGUUAUUUGAUUUAUGUAUCCAGCAAAACAAUGUCUCAAGAGUUACAUGUGCUACAAUGUUACUCGUGUGAAACAUUCCAGGUCCAUAUUGUUAAGAAAUCUAAAAAAUGGGAUUGCAAAAUAUGUGGGGAAAGGCAGUCAAUAAAGAAGGUGUUUGGAAGAGGAAGUGGAAAGGACUGUAGAGCUCAUGUUCAACGACUCAAUGAGGAUAAGAGGAGGAAAGAGACCUUUAUUUUAAAUAGGAGAAUACAAAUCCAGUGUGCAGAAAAUGCUGUGGACACUGGAACAAAUAUUCCAAGUGUAACAAGUAGUAAAUGGAACAAAUAUUUAUCAGAUGAAGAUGAUGAACAUUCUGAUGAUUCAGUGCCUUCUGAGCUAGUAAUCUCAGGUACAUCAAAAGUGUGUAAACAGCAGACCAUUCAAAAUUAUUCUGCCAAUGGCACUGUUAAUAUAUGUGGAGAGAAUAUUGGUGUCUUACCAGGGAACCGGAAUGAAAAAUUAACACAUUUAAAUGAAACCUCUUUUAAUGAGAAUGAAGACAUGCCAUCCCAUGUUAGUAAAAGUUCUUUUACAUAUUUCUCUACAGGAAAUGAUACUUAUAGUGAUUAUAAAUCAAGAGGCACCAACCGCGUUUGUGACUUGCAAAGGAAUUCAUCUCCUCUCUGUUUUACUUUGCUACCAGGAACAUCGACAUCUACAGCACUGUUAAGUUAUGACAGUCAGCAGGAAAUUGUUUCUGAUAUUAGUUCAGAUAACUUUGCUAGUAACACAUGGAAUGCAGUUUUUGGCAAACAGCAGCUGUGUGAAACAGAUGUUGGAGAUAUUAUCCCACCCAAGUGUGAAAUAAAGAGACAGGAAGAGGAGAAAGCUACAAUGCAGUUCCAGUCACAUAUUUGUAGAAGCUAUGUCACAGACACAGGCAAUAUUGCAAAGAACUUGGAAAAAAAUGUUAAACAAAUUUUUUCUGACAAAUAUAAUGAAGAUGAGCUAGAUGAAAUAUUGAAAUUUUAAAUUCAAUUAAUGUUUACAUUAUAUUAGCAGUAAAAUAAGAAACAAUAAAUUGGCAGCUGUUCAGUAGAUAUUUUUAUCAGUAGGGCCUACUCUAUAGUAAACAGCUUACAGUGUGUGCCUGAGAACAGUGACUAACAGGAAGGCAGUUCAAAAUGCACUACAUACUUUGAAAUGGACCCGAGUGAUUACCAGCAGGCCAAUUGCUUUGGAAGAAACCAGUGACCUGACAGUUUUUUCAAUGAAGUAAACACUGUAUAUGCUUAUAGUGUCUCAAAGUAUGUUUUGUGUAGUUUCUCAAUUUUUAGCUGAUUUCAUUAAACCUUAAGAGGACAUUCAACUUGAU